UUCAAACCUCUCUCUCUCUCCCCUGAGGGAAUUCCGGGUGCUAUUAUGUCCUAGCUUAGGAAUCGGUAUUAAUUUCCCUUUGUCCAAAUCCAAUAACCUUACCUUUCACAGAUGAGUUCAAGGGUCACUUUGCUAUAUACAUAUCCCCCUCACAUGUCUAUGCUGUCUUAACUAUUUCCCUUUGAGUACUCAGUUUAUGCGUUGUGAAGGAUGGAGACUUAUGUGUUUGUGUUUGUGGCUCUUGUGCUGUGCACUUGUGCUGCUGGUAAAGAGUGCACAAACAUUCCUACACAAUCACAUACGUUCAGGAAUGAGCUAAUGACAUCCAAGAAUGAAACGUGGAAGGCUGAAGUGAUGUCUCACUACCAUUUGACACCAACGGAUGAAUCUGCUUGGGCUGAUUUGCUGCCGAGGAAGUUGUUGACAGAACAAGGCCAACAUGAUUGGGGGGUUAUGUACAAGAAAAUUAAGAGCAUGGGUGUGUUCAAUGCACCUCAAGGCUUUCUCAAAGAAGUGCCUCUUCAAGAUGUGAGGUUGCAUGAGGAUUCCAUCCAUGGUAGAGCACAGCAGACAAAUUUGGAGUAUUUGUUGAUGUUAGAUGUGGAUAGUUUGAUUUGGAGCUUCAGGAAGACAGCUGGUUUAGCCACUCCUGGGACUCCUUAUGGAGGAUGGGAAGAUCCGAUAAAAAGUGAGGUCCGGGGUCAUUUUGUUGGGCAUUACUUGAGUGCAUCAGCUCUAAUGUGGGCCAGCACACAGAAUGAUAGCCUGAAGCAGAAAAUGUCAUAUCUUGUUGCUGGUCUGUCUUCCUGUCAGGAGAAAAUUGGAACUGGAUAUCUGUCUGCAUUUCCAUCUAAGCUUUUUGAUCGAUUUGAAGCUAUUCGAAAAGUUUGGGCUCCCUAUUAUACCAUUCACAAGAUCUUGGCUGGUCUCUUGGAUCAACAUACUUUUGCUGGAAACCCUCAAGCUCUAAAAAUGGCAACAUGGAUGGUUGAUUACUUCUACAACAGAGUACUGAAUGUAAUAACAAAGUACACCGUAAAUAGACACUAUCAAUCACUGAAUGAGGAAACUGGAGGAAUGAAUGAUGUCCUUUACAGAUUAUACAGCAUAACGGGGGAUUCUAAGCAUCUGUUGUUGGCUCACCUUUUUGAUAAACCAUGUUUUCUAGGGUUGCUUGCAGUGCAGGCCAAUGACAUAGCUGAUUUUCAUGCUAAUACACAUAUCCCAAUAGUUGUUGGAUCUCAAAUGCGGUAUGAAAUCACAGGUGAUCCACGUUAUAAGGAAAUUGGGACAUUCUUUAUGGACCUCAUAAACUCAUCUCACAGCUAUGCAACUGGAGGGACAUCCGUCAAUGAGUUCUGGAGUAAUCCAAAGAGAAUAGCAGACAAUAUAAAAACGACAGAGAACGAAGAAUCAUGCACCACUUAUAAUAUGUUGAAGGUUUCACGCCACCUGUUUAGAUGGACCAAAGAAGUCUCUUAUGCAGACUAUUAUGAACGUGCCUUAACCAAUGGUGUUCUCAGCAUUCAAAGAGGAACAGAUCCUGGAGUGAUGAUUUAUAUGCUUCCAUUAGGUCUUGGGGUUUCCAAGGCUAAAACUUUGCAUAGUUGGGGAACACCAUUUAAUGAUUUCUGGUGCUGCUAUGGAACAGGAAUUGAAUCGUUCUCAAAGCUGGGGGAUUCUAUAUAUUUUGAAGAGGAAGGGAAAGAUCCUACACUUUACAUCAUUCAGUACAUAUCAAGCUCAUUUAAUUGGAAAUCUGGCAAAGUUUUGCUCAAUCAGACAGUUGUUCCAGUUUCUUCAUGGGAUCCUUACCUACAAGUGACAUUUACAUUUUCUCCUGUAGAGAGUACUUUGUCUACAUUGAACCUUAGACUACCAAGUUGGAGUCGUCUGGAUGGUGCCAAGGGGAUAUUAAAUGCUGAAAGGUUAUCUCUGCCAACUCCAGGAAAUUAUUUGUCAAUCACACGACAAUGGAGUGCUAGUGACAAGCUCACCCUUCAGCUGCCAAUUACCAUAAGAACAGAGGCCAUAAAAGAUGACAGACCCGAAUAUGCAUCUAUUCAAGCAAUUCUUUAUGGUCCUUAUCUUCUUUCUGGUCAUACAAGUGGUGGUGAUUGGAACCUUAAACCUGAGGCCAACAAUGGAGACUGGAUUACUCCUGUUCCUGCCUGUUACAAUAGUCAACUAGUUUCUUUAUCCCAAAAAAUUAAAAAAUCAACUUUUGUUUUGGUAAAUUCAAACCAAUCACUUGCAAUGCAAAAAUUGCCUAAACCUGGAACUGAUUUGGCUCUUCACGCUACCUUUAGGCUUGUCCUAAAAGAACCUUCCUCAAAAUUUUCAACAUUGGUAGAUGCUAAUGGUAGAUCAGUGAUAUUAGAACCAUUUGAUCUUCCUGGAAUGAAUGUGAUUCACCAAGGAGCAGACAAACCACUUCUCAUUGUAGAUUCUUCCAAUGGUGGACCAUCUUCUGUUUUUCUAAUGGUACCAGGAUUGAAUGGUAGAAAUGAAACCAUAUCUUUAGAAUCCCAAAGCAACAAGGGCUGUUACAUAUAUAGUGGCAUGAGUUCUAAAGCAGGAGUGAAGCUCAGUUGCAAAACUGAUUCUGAUGCUACUUUUAAUGAAGCAACAAGCUUUGUUACUCGGAAAGGAUUGAGCCAAUACCAUCCUAUCAGUUUUGUGGCUAAAGGGAUAAACAGGAAUUUUCUUUUGGAGCCAUUAUUCUCAUUCAGAGAUGAACACUAUACAGUUUAUUUCAAAAUCUAGUAGCGAUAUGCUAUAUAAUAACAUAUAUGAGCUUCGUGGAUUACACACGAGCUGUUGAAAAUAAGUAGCAUAAACAAAGUGAUGGGUUAUUUUA